CUUCAAUGUGUAGUCGUGAGAGCACAAUGGCAAAAAGGGCUAUUUUAAUGCUUUUGCCUACAUUAUUAGGUAUUGCUUUAACUCAGGAGAACUUCUAUGGAGAAAGUUUAAGUUUUAGGUCUUUGCAAAAGAAGAAGGAUGGAACUGUUCAGGUGAGCUUCUACUAUCGAGAGAAUGGCAGAGGUAGCUGCAAAGACCAACUCUCCUAUCGCUGUGAGAUUGGGUAUUGUAAUAACACAGAGGACUCCAAGCCUGUGCUUACAGACAGCAGCAGCUCUGCUCAUGAACAGUGGUGCCAGUCGGAGGGACAGGCCAGAGUAGCCCCCCUCAACAACCAUUCCCUUGUCUUAAAUGACACAGGUUGCUGCUGGCCCCCUAAUGUUCAUGGUAAAACAAAAUGGAUGGCUGGGGGAAAGUUGGACCUGGGAUAUCGAUCAGACACACACACCUACAACAAAAUUCCUGUCACUGCAACAGUGCCAUAUUUACGGGUUCCUCAGAACUGUUUCACAAAGCUUCGACUUCUGGCCUAUGAUCCGGAUGGGGACCAUGUGCGAUGCCUUUUUGCAUCAACAAGUGUUGAUUCAAAGAUUACUCUGAAUGAGAAUGAGUGCACAAUCAAAGCUACAGGCCUGCUAGAUGUUGGGCUCCAUGUGUUUGAGCUGGUGCUUGAGGACCACCCCAAAAGAGAUGUCAAUCUGACUUAUGACGAUGGAUCCUCCUCUGAAAAAAGAGCGUUCAACAUUCACCCUGGUAUCCACUCAACCCCUUUCAGCCAAAUAUAUCUACAAUUUACGCUACAGAUCCUAUAUCCGGCACACAACUGCAUAGCCGGUCACGUGGUUCCCCAGUACCUGCUGCCGACAGCAUCCCACGGCGACGUGCGCCAGGCUUCUGUUGGGGAAAGGUUCCAGCUUCAUAUCCACGCCCAGGCCAGCGAGACCAAGAUUAUGGACUUUCAGAUCAGUGGCCCUCAGAACAUGGCCAAAAAUAUGACCACUGGUACUUUAGGGAAUGCGUCAGUCAUUCUGAACUGGACACCAGCUCUCAAUGACCUCUACCGGCUUGUACCAGUUUGCUUCACUGCUGAGACAUAUGAAAGCCAAUCAGAAAUGAGGUGUGUUAUUGUAAUGGUUACCAGAUCAUCCACCUCUGAAGGUAAAGCUGUAGUGAAAUGCUCAGCAACACAGAUGACUGUUUCCCUGGAAAAGAUUUCCAUGGAUGGCAUCGACAAGAACUGGCUGAAUAUGAAUGACCCCUCAUGUUCUAUGAGUUCUAAUGCCACACAUAUCAUGGCCACCAUGUCAUUCAACACCUGUGGAACAAAACUUGAGGACAAUGGUAACUUCCUAAUUUUUAAGAAUGAAAUCAACUCCUUUGAGCUGCCGGACACCGUCAUUACCCGCAGAAGGCAGAUAAAGAUUGGCUUCUCUUGCCAGUUUCCAAAGACCGCCAGCGUCUCCGGCAGUUACCAGCUCCACAAUUCAGACUAUAUUUUUACUGAGUCCAGUUUUGGCAGCUUUGGGUACACUUUUGGGAUCUUUAAAGACUCAAGCUUUGCACACAGCAUAGCAACAGAUGCCUACCCAAUGGAGGUGAAGCUGCUAGAUCCGGUUUUUAUGGGAAUCCGGGCUGUGUCUGAUCUACCAAACAUCACACUUUUUGUAGAGUCCUGCAAAGCCACUCCUGAUGACAACCCUGAGAACAGCAUGUUCUAUAACAUAAUCCAAAAUGGGUGUGUGAUGGAUGAGACAUUUGAAGCCCAUACCUCAGAUCCAACUUCCUUUAACUUUGAGCUCCAGUCUUUUAAAUUUGUUGGAGACUUUGAUCAGGUGUAUAUUAGCUGCUCUGUGAUCCUGUGUGAGACUGGGAAUCCCACGUCAAGAUGUGCCCAGGGCUGUGUUACCAAUCCUCCCAAAAUAUUCAAGAGAUCCCUUCAUAAAGAGACAGCCAUCCACUCCAUCUCCACUGGUCCUCUGAAGCUGAUCAGAGAAGUGAAUUCCCCAGACCUUCGGGCAACCGUUGGAGCUGGGAAAUUGAAGGCGCUGCUCGGCUCGAAUACAAGCAGUGCCGUCCUUGGCAGCUUAUUCACUAUAACAGUGCUGGUGUUGGCUGGUUUCAUCGCCGUCUAUGUAAGGAAGUCAAAAACUGUGGACAGAGCAACUCUGAUCACAGAGUGUGAGGGCUGAGGAUACCCAGUUACAUAGAAGUCCAGAAAAACAAGACAUAUCUACAAUUGCUGUACUAUAUCCACACACAGAGCAUAUUUCUACAUUUAUAAUGGCAGUAAUCAUGCUUACUUUCUUACUUUCAACAAUCAUUUGUGAAAUGGGAAUUAGAGUGCAUCUUAUGUGUUAUGUUCUACAUCUUGAAUGGCAGCCCCCCCAAUAAGGCCCAUGUUACGAUAUCCUGCCAUUUGGAGGGCUGGACAGAUACAUCGUAGAGGCAAUACUUUUCCUCACAGUCACAAAAAUGUAUUCACAAUUCCAUUAUGAAAUCAUUAAGUACAAAUCUUGCUUGAAUAUUAAAAUAACUGAUGUCAAGUUUA